ACCAAAACUUCCCUCUCCUCAUCUCAAGCUCAAAAGACAGUCAGAGUUUUAGCAAAAAAUAUGGCCUUCCACCAAAGAUCUAUUAGCUUGCCUUCUAGGCCUCUCUCCAAAGUUGAAGAGGAGCUGCACAGCAUAGAGGCAUGCAUCUCUUCACCUUCCCUUAUCAUCGAGACAGUCUCUGAUGGUUUGAGGAGGCUUGGGGACAUCUACAGCUCCAUUGAGGAGAUCAUGUGCCUGCCUAGCAACCAAGUUUGCUCACCGCAGCAAAGGAAGUUGUUGGAUGGAGAGAUGGAAUGCUCCCUUGAGCUACUGGAUCUCUGCAACAUUAGGAACGAGGUCUUCACCGAGUUGAAGGCCAUCAUCCAAGAUCUGCAAGUGUCUCUCAAAAAAGGAGAUGAUGCAGGUGUUCAAACCAAGAUUCAGUCAUACAUCCGCUUGGUGAAGAAGGCAAAGAAGCAUUCCAAGAAGACUACGAAGAAGGUUGUCACAGACAAGGAGGACUGUAGGAUUGUCAAGCUGUUGAGCGAGGCUAGAGAGUGUGCUACCUCUCUAUUCGAGUCAACAAUGCACCUCUUGUCAAAGCAAAUCAAGAUGUCAAAAUUGUCUCUCAUCUCGAAGGCACUCCAGAAGAAAAACCUAGUGAUUUGCAAUGAGGAGCAGUUGCAGGUGUUAGAGUGCAGCAUUGGAGAUCUUGAGGCUGGAGCAGGCCUUCUGUUCAGGAGAUUGGUCCAGAGCAGGGUUACUCUCCUGAACAUUCUUAGCUCAUAGACACUCCUCAAGAUCUGACACUCUUUAAGUACCUGCGAUUGGCAUCCGCCUUUUAAAGGAUUUGCUGAUCCUUCCCAUCUGUAUAAUGACAUAGAAUUACUGUACAGGAAAACUAUACAUGAAAUAGAUAUAACUUUUUGAUCUAAUUCUUGCCGUGCGGUCAGUCCUGAACUGACAUACUACUGUGUACUGAUAUCCAUGAUUUGAUGAAUAUACAUCUGACA